AUGGAACAGGUCUUCUUGUUCAACAGGUUAUGGAGCGUCUCCUCCAUUCUGAAGAUUCUCAAGGGCCGCGGGGGCACAGGCAGCAUCUACGUGUGGGCCUCAGGCGACGGCAGCAGCUACGACGACGGCAACUGCGCUGGCUACGCAUCGAGCCUGUGGACGAUCUCCAUCAACUCGGCCAUCAACAGUGGCAGGACCAUGCUCUGCCACAAGAGCUGCUCCUCCACGCUGGCCUUUACCUUCAACAACGGGCGCAAGUGGAGCCCCGAGGCCGGUGUGCCCGUGUUCCCAAAUGGAACGGUUCCACGCGGCCAACACUCAGACCCGGAAACAGAGCUCAGCGCGCGCCCGGCAGCCUCCGUGUCCCUCCAGCACCGCCUGCCCGAGACCCACCACCAGCCUGGCUUCCGACAGCACACAGUGGCUGUGCCCUGUUCCCAAACGGAACGGUUCCACACGGCCAACACUCAGACCCGGAAACAGAGCUCGGUGCGCGCCCAGCAGCCUCCGUGUCCCUCCAGCACCGCCUGCCUGAGAACCACCACCAGCCUGGCUUCUGACAGCACGCAGUGGCUGUGCCUGCGUUUCCACUUUAAAACCAGCUUCAUUCACAACGAGGUCCAUCAGUGGCGGAGGAACUGGGUUGGCCUGGAGUUUGAUCACCUCUUUGGCUACGGGGUCCUAGACACAGGUGCCAUGGUGAAGAUGGCUAAAGACUGGAAGAUGGUGCCUGAGAGGUUCCACUGUGUGGGCGGCUCUGUGCAGGACCUGGAGAAAAUUCUGACCACUGGCAAGCUGGUGCUGACACGACCGACCGACGCAUGCGAGGGGAAGGAAAACUUCGUCCACUAUCUGGAGCACGUCCAAGCAGUCGUCACGGUCAGCGUGACCAGGAGAGGGGACCUGAACAUCAAUGUGAUGUCUCCCGUGGGCACCAAGUCCAUCCUGCUGAGCCAGUGGCCCUGA